AUGUCAGGAAUUGGAGGACGCUGCGAAUGCUGGAGCUGGAAGCAUGUGAUACGAGCUGAGUGGCACUGGACAUGUAAGUAUUGUCAUGAGAUUCACACUAGGGGAGCGGAGCGAGUGCGAGCACAUCUCGCUGGAGUUCGGGCAAGAGGUGUGAAAACGUGCAAGGCAAUGAGGGAGAUCCCUUAUGAAGUUCUUAAAAAAGCUCGCAACAGUUUUUCCGAUUUCGAGCUAGCAGACCCAGCAGAUGCUGAUGAUGGGCAUCUACUGCAGCAAGCCGCACAGGGUUCAGGGGGGCCAGCAGAAUCUAUGGUGGCAAGCACGGAGAAUUGGUCCAGUGCUGGGACAAGCAGAGCAGCGAAACGUAGAUCCUCGGAUGGAAAUUUGGUGACAUUUUUUUAUACUGCUUCGGCUGAGGCACUGGAUGAUGCUGUUGCAGAGUUCUUCUUUGCCAAGAACAUCUCCUUCAACACAAUCCGAAGAGACAACUUGAAGAGAAUGCUGAAAGUUGCCGCAAAAGUGGGGCAUCCAGCGAUUGACAACCUCAUGGGAUAUGAGAAGUUGCGGACAACUGAGCUACAACGAAUAUACAACAACGUUCAGAAGCGGCUUGAAGAUGUGCGGCUAAGUUGGAGGACAUAUGGUUGUACCAUUGUCACGGAUGGCUGGUCUGAUAUCAAGAAGAGGUCUCUUCUCAACUUCAUGGUCAGUUCUGUGAGAGGCUCAAUUUUCCUGAAGGCUGUGGACAGCAAGAAUGCGAAGAAAACCGGAGCAUGGUUGUUUGAGCAGCUGAAACAAGUGAUUGCCGAGGUUGGUGCAGAAAACGUUGUGCAGGUGGUGACAGACAAUGCAAGCAACUGCGUGGUCAUGGGGGAGCUUUUGCAGCAGGAGUUUCCAUAG